AUGGGUGUAGACGAGGGGGUCCCCGAGCCCCCCCCCGGCCCCUCCGCGCCCCCCCCUCUCCCCGAACCCCCCCAACCCAACGGGGGACCCCCGGGCAGCCCGGGGCCCCCCCAAAGCGGGGGAAAGCGGGGGAGCUACAAGGCGGAAAAUGAGCGGCUCUUCGGUGAGUUCCUGGAGCUCUGCACCGUGACGGAGGAGCACCCCGAGGUGAUCCCUUUCCUCUCCGGCCGUCACCAAAAAGCCAGCCCGGAUUUCCUGGCCUCGGCUGAACUCCGCAACGUCCUGAGCCGGUGCCUGAGCCGCGUCCGGACGCGUCGCAACAAGGUUUACGUCUACAUCAACGAACUCUGCACCGUCCUCAAAGCCCACACCCUACGUCGCAAGCUCCCCCUCGCCUCCGCUCCCCCCGUCGCCGCCUCCCCUCGCCGCCGCAGCCCCCGCCUCGCCGCAGCCCCCCGCCUCGCCCGCCGCCUCCGCCGCCUCCUCCCGCCCUCCCGGGGUUCCAAACGUCAAAUCCGGUAUUUGGAGAAUCUCCUUCGCGUCUACAUGGGAGAGAUUCGACGGUUGCAGGAACGGGAGCUGGAUCUGGCCGAGUUGGACAGCGAAGACUCGACCUACCUGCAGGAGAGCCGGCUCAAGCGCAAGAUGAUGCGGAUUUUCGAACGCCUUUGCCAGCUCAAGCAAUGCAGCAGCUUGACGGGCCGCGUCAUCGAGCAACGCAUCCAGUACCGCGGCACCCGCUACCCCGAGGUCAACCGUCGCAUCGAGCGCUUCAUCAACCGUCCCGAGGCUUUUCCCGACUACACCGACAUCCUCAAGGUCAUCCAAAAAGCCAGCGCCCGCCACAGCCUGGGUUUGGCUCGCCGACAGAUGGAGAGCAUGGCUCAGGACGCCUUCCGGGAGGUGGGCAACCGCCUGCAGGAGCGACGCCACCUCGAUCUGGUCUACAACUUCGGCAGUCACCUGACGGAUCAGUAUCGGCCGGGGACGGAUCCGGCGCUGGUGGACCCCGAACUGGCCAAACGGCUGCGGAAAAACCGGACGGUGGCCCUGACCCGCCUGGACGACGUCAUCUCCCACUACGCCCAACUGCAGGACGAGAGCGAGGAGGAAGAACGCGGGCGCAAGAGGGCGGCCAAGCAACAGGGGAACCCCCCCGUCCCCCGGGGGGCCCCCGCCGCCCCCCGCGCCCCCCCCGGCUCAGGUGAGGGGGGACGGGGACGGGGACGGAGAGGGGGACAAGGACAAAGCCACCCUGAGACCACCGAGGAAGAGUCGGAGGAGGAAGAGUCGGAGGAGGAGGAGGAGGAGGAGGAGGAGGAGGAGGAGGAAGAUGACUCCUCCGAGGCCGAUGGCAGUCAGGGGAAAGCUGAGGAGGAGGAGGAGGGUGAACGCGGCGAGGAAGGCAGCGAGGCGGCCGCGGCGCAGGGUGACACCGCAUCGGGGCGCCAGAGCCGCGACGGGACUCGUCACCGGCUGAAGCCUCCACGAGGCCCCUGCCUGGAGGUGCACAGCGCAGGCUCGGAGCAGGAGGGCGGGGUGGGGGCCCGGGGGCUGCCCCCCCCCCCCGCCCCCCCCCGGCACAGCCCCCUCCCCGACUCCACCCGGGCCGACUCCCCCGGGAGGGACCUGGUGAGCAGCUCCCAGGGCAGCCCCCGCCGCCUGCCCCCCCGGCCUACCAGUGUGGCGACGCAGUGCGACCAGGAGAUCAUCGUGCUCUCAGACUCGGACUAGCCCCGCCCCUUUUUUGGACUGACCCCGCCCC